CGAGGGUGAGCGGGGUCUGGAAGCCCAGAGUAAAGAGUGGACGCGGCGACCCUUCCACCCCGCGAGGCCUCUCGGACCCCAAGUAUUCCUGCUCCGGGCAGACACCGAAGUUUUGCCUGCGGCGGGCCCUUUAAGGACCGGGCCGACAGCCACGGCGCUCGUGAGCGACCUCAGGAAGCCAACGCUGGCAGCCCUCCCAGACGCUUAUCUAGUGCCUCUGACCCUAGGAGAAACUGAGGCCCGAGAAGGGUCAAGGCCUGCCUAGGGGCAGCGGUAGGGGCUGUAUCAGGCCAGGAUCGGUGGCUGGAGCCUUCCAGGAAGAGGGCUCUCCAAGAAUAGGGGCAUGAGCAGGGCUCUAGUGAAGAGCUGACCAUUUGUGAGGCGGAGUUUGGCUUUUGAUUUCCCAGAGGGAUCCGAGGACUUGAUGGAGGUUCAACCUUGUGCCCUGGAGCACUCGAAGCAUUUGGUCCCUGCUGCGCUGGAUGCCAUGAGUUGCUAAAAUUGAGCCUGGCUUUAGAGCUGCCUUGUGGUACGGCGUGCGGGGCACAGAGCCAUGUCGGACCUCCUUCUCCUGGGCCUGAUUGGUGCCCUGACUCUGCUGCUGCUGCUGACACUGCUGGCCUUUGCCGGGUACUCAGGGCUGCUGGCUGGGGUGGCAGUGAGUGCUGGCUCACCUCCCAUCCGCAACGUCACCAUGGCCUACAAGUUCCACAUGGGCCCCUACAGUGAGACUGGGCGGCUUUUCACGGAGAGCUGCAGUGUCUCCCCCAAGCUCCGCUCCAUUGCUGUCUACUAUGACAACCCCCACAUGGUGCCCCCUGAGAAAUGCCGCUGUGCGGUGGGCAGCAUUCUGAGUGAAGGUGAGGAGUCACCCUCCCCAGAGCUCAUCCGACUGUAUCAGAAAUUUGGCUUCAAGAUAUUCUCCUUCCCGACACCCAGCCAUGUGGUGACAGCCACUUUCCCCUACACCACCACCCUGUCCAUCUGGCUGGCUACCCGCCGUGUCCAUCCUGCCCUGGAUGCCUACAUCAAGGAGCGGAAGCUGUGUGCCCACCCCCGGCUAGAGAUCUACCAGCAAGACCAGAUCUACUUCAUAUGCCCGCUGGCACGGCAGGGAGACUUCUAUGUGCCUGAGGUGAAGGAGACAGAGCGGAGAAGCCGGGGGCCUGUGGAGGCCAGCGACACCCAGGUGGAUAGCACAGGAGCUGAUACCAUGAGUGACUCAAGUUCUGUAAGCCUGGAAGUGGGUCCUGGCAGCCGGGAGACUUCAGCGGCCACACUGUCCCCUGGGGUGAGCAGCCGUGGCUGGGACGACGGUGACACCCACAGUGAGCAUAGUUACAGCGAGUCAGGCGCCAGUGGCUCAUCCUUCGAGGAGCUGGACUUGGAGGGUGAGGGACCCUUAGGGGAGCCAAAGCUGAGUCCUGAUGCCGAGCCCCUGGGGGCUUCCAAGUGGCCCCGGGAGCCCAGUACUCCUGAGAAGGGCGAGGAGUAACCUGCAGCCUGCGCCUUCCUAUGGUGCAUUGCUAAGGAACUGAGCAGACUCUUGAGCCCUCUUCCUCCUCCACAUCCUGGGCUCAGGCUGGGGCCAGGGGUCUCAGGGAGGCCUGAAUUCUGCCACCCUGGGCCUUUAGCUAAGCCUUCUCCUCACUGCCCUCUCGGCUACCAGAGCCAAAGGAGCCGGGACUGUUGUCUGCACUCAGCCCCUGAACACAGGGUGCUACCCUUGUUACAUCUCUUUUUCAGAUUCAUGUUGAAGCUUCCAGGACCCAGAAUAAAGCAAAUGAUUUUCUUUGUUUCA